GCCACUCGCCACCAUCUCCACCGCCUCCUCUCGACGCGCAUCCCCUCCCAUACCCAUGGCCACUGACCGUCUCCUCCACCUUCUCCGAGCGCCGACAGGCUCUCCGGCUGCCGCCACCACCCGCGCGGCUGGUUGGGGUCGUCCACGGACACAGCGCGUCGACGUCUGGCAGGUUGCUGCGGGGAUUCGCCGCGCGUCCGUGUCCUGCUCGAGCACUAGCUCUGGCGGGCAGGGGGGAUUAACAUAUAAGGAUGCCGGCGUGGACAUAGACGCCGGCGCCGAGCUCGUGCGCCGCAUCGCCAGGAUGGCACCCGGGAUUGGCGGCUUCGGCGGUCUCUUCCCCUACAAUGACGAUUAUCUUGUUGCUAGCACCGAUGGGGUGGGGACAAAGCUGAAGCUUGCUUUCGAAACUGGUAUUCAUGAUACAAUCGGCAUUGACCUGGUGGCAAUGAGCGUCAAUGACAUUGUAACUCUAGGUGCAAAACCAUUGUUCUUCCUAGAUUACUAUGCAACGAGCAAGCUUGAUGUUGAUCUUGCAGAGAAGGUUAUCAAGGGGAUUAGGGAUGGGUGCGAACAAUCAGAUUGUGCUCUCCUAGGAGGGGAGACAGCAGAAAUGCCUGGUUUCUAUGCAGAGGGUGAAUAUGAUCUAAGUGGUUUUGCUGUGGGUGUUGUGAAGAAGGAUAAAGUCAUUGAUGGAAAAAACAUUGUUAAGGGAGAUGUGCUUAUAGGUCUUCCUUCCAGUGGUGUUCAUUCUAACGGGUUCUCUCUUGUUAGAAGAGUACUGGAGAAAAGUGGACUUUCUUUGGAUGAUCAGCUCCCAAGAAAUGAUGGCAUAACAACUACGGUUGGUGAAGCUCUAAUGGCACCAACCUUCAUCUAUGUUAAGCAGGUGCUUGAGAUUAUUAGCAAAGGUGGUGUGAAAGGACUAGCCCACAUCACUGGUGGUGGCUUUACUGACAAUAUCCCAAGAGUAUUCCCCUCCGGAUGCGGGGCAAAAAUUUUUACUGGGUCAUGGGAAAUACCUCCAAUCUUCAGUUGCCUUCAACAGGCUGGAAACAUUGAUGACGCAGAGAUGCGGCGAACAUUCAAUAUGGGCAUUGGAAUGGUUCUUGUGGUAAGUCGAGAGUCAGCAGACAGAAUUAUUGAAGACACCCAUGGAUCCAAUCCUGCUUAUCGCAUUGGAGAGGUGAUUGAGGGUGAUGGGGUUCAGUAUGUCUGACCUCGUAUGCCUUUUAUAGUGGCUUGAGACUUGUUGGUCUGCUCUGCAAAGCAGCAGAGUUUAUGUAACAACAUAAUCUUGUGGUGUUAAGUUCUGCACCACUACUCCCGCUAGAAAGUGAAGGGUAACCAAAUAAUUAUUUGAUUG